AUGUUCAGCUCUCCCAUAGUGUGUAAUGUGCCACUCACACGCUCUAUCACUCACAUGCUCUGCCACUCACACGCUCUGCCACUCACAUGCUCUGCCACUCACACGCUCUGCCACUCACAUGCUCUGCCACUCACACGCUCUGCCACUCACAUGCUCUGCCACUCACACGCUCUGCCACUCACAUGCUCUGCCACUCACACGCUCUGCCACUCACACGCUCUGCCACUCACACGCUCUGCCACUCACACGCUCUGCCACUCACACGCUCUGCCACUCACACGCUCUGCCACUCACACGCUCUGCCACUCACACGCUCUGCCACUCACACGCUCUGCCACUCACAUGCUCUGCCACUCACACGCUCUGCCACUCACAUGCUCUGCCACUCACACGCUCUGCCACUCACAUGCUCUGCCACUCACAUGCUCUGCCACUCACAUGCUCUGCCACUCACAUGCUCUGCCACUCACACGCUCUGCCACUCACAUGCUCUGCCACUCACAUGCUCUGCCACUCACAUGCUCUGCCACUCACACGCUCUGCCACUCACAUGCUCUGCCACUCACAUGCUCUGCCACUCACAUGCUCUGCCACUCACACGCUCUGCCACUCACAUGCUCUGCCACUCACACGCUCUGCCACUCACACGCUCUGCCACUCACACGCUCUGCCACUCACACGCUCUGCCACUCACACGCUCUGCCACUCACACGCUCUGCCACUCACACGCUCUGCCACUCACACGCUCUGCCACUCACACGCUCUGCCACUCACACGCUCUGCCACUCACACGCUCUGCCACUCACACGCUCUGCCACUCACACGCUCUGCCACUCACAUGCUCUGCCACUCACACGCUCUGCCACUCACAUGCUCUGCCACUCACAUGCUCUGCCACUCACAUGCUCUGCCACUCACAUGCUCUGCCACUCACAUGCUCUGCCACUCACAUGCUCUGCCACUCACAUGCUCUGCCACUCACAUGCUCUGCCACUCACAUGCUCUGCCACUCACAUGCUCUGCCACUCACACGCUCUGCCACUCACAUGCUCUGCCACUCACAUGCUCUGCCACUCACAUGCUCUGCCACUCACACGCUCUGCCACUCACAUGCUCUGCCACUCACAUGCUCUGCCACUCACACGCUCUGCCACUCACACGCUCUGCCACUCACACGCUCUGCCACUCACACGCUCUGCCACUCACACGCUCUGCCACUCACACGCUCUGCCACUCACACGCUCUGCCACUCACACGCUCUGCCACUCACACGCUCUGCCACUCACAUGCUCUGCCACUCACACGCUCUGCCACUCACAUGCUCUGCCACUCACACGCUCUGCCACUCACAUGCUCUGCCACUCACAUGCUCUGCCACUCACAUGCUCUGCCACUCACAUGCUCUGCCACUCACAUGCUCUGCCACUCACACUGCUCUGCCACUCACAUGCUCUGCCACUCACAUGCUCUGCCACUCACACGCUCUGCCACUCACACGCUCUGCCACUCACACGCUCUGCCACUCACACGCUCUGCCACUCACACGCUCUGCCACUCACACGCUCUGCCACUCACACGCUCUGCCACUCACACGCUCUGCCACUCACACGCUCUGCCACUCACACGCUCUGCCACUCACAUGCUCUGCCACUCACACGCUCUGCCACUCACAUGCUCUGCCACUCGCAUGCUCUGCCACUCACACGCUCUGCCACUCACAUGCUCUGCCACUCACAUGCUCUGCCACUCACACGCUCUGCCACUCACACGCUCUGCCACUCACACGCUCUGCCACUCACACGCUCUGCCACUCACACGCUCUGCCACUCACACGCUCUGCCACUCACACGCUCUGCCACUCACACGCUCUGCCACUCACAUGCUCUGCCACUCACACGCUCUGCCACUCACAUGCUCUGCCACUCACACGCUCUGCCACUCACAUGCUCUGCCACUCACAUGCUCUGCCACUCACAUGCUCUGCCACUCACAUGCUCUGCCACUCACAUGCUCUGCCACUCACAUGCUCUGCCACUCACAUGCUCUGCCACUCACAUGCUCUGCCACUCACAUGCUCUGCCACUCACAUGCUCUGCCACUCACACGCUCUGCCACUCACAUGCUCUGCCACUCACAUGCUCUGCCACUCACAUGCUCUGCCACUCACACGCUCUGCCACUCACAUGCUCUGCCACUCACAUGCUCUGCCACUCACACGCUCUGCCACUCACACGCUCUGCCACUCACACGCUCUGCCACUCACACGCUCUGCCACUCACACGCUCUGCCACUCACAUGCUCUGCCACUCACACGCUCUGCCACUCACAUGCUCUGCCACUCACACGCUCUGCCACUCACAUGCUCUGCCACUCACAUGCUCUGCCACUCACAUGCUCUGCCACUCACAUGCUCUGCCACUCACAUGCUCUGCCACUCACACGCUCUGCCACUCACAUGCUCUGCCACUCACAUGCUCUGCCACUCACACGCUCUGCCACUCACACGCUCUGCCACUCACACGCUCUGCCACUCACACGCUCUGCCACUCACACGCUCUGCCACUCACACGCUCUGCCACUCACACGCUCUGCCACUCACAUGCUCUGCCACUCACACGCUCUGCCACUCACAUGCUCUGCCACUCACACGCUCUGCCACUCACAUGCUCUGCCACUCACACGCUCUGCCACUCACAUGCUCUGCCACUCACAUGCUCUGCCACUCACAUGCUCUGCCACUCACAUGCUCUGCCACUCACAUGCUCUGCCACUCACAUGCUCUGCCACUCACAUACGCUACACUGCCACUCACAUACGCUAGACUGCCACUCAUACAGUGCUGUGCAUCUGAGUGCCUGUCCUCGGCUCGCCCUCUCCUGCACCAGAGAGCGCACUGCAGGGCGCCCAAGCAUGGCACAAAUCGCCAACGAGCUGCAGGCUAUCCGGGAUGAAGUGGUGGGGAAGGAGGAGCUUAGCGCGGCUGUCGGGGUGGAUAAUCAGGAGGAGGAGGAGGAGGAGGAGGAGGAGGAGGAGGAGGAGGAGGAGGAGGAGGAGGAGGAGGCUAGUGAGGAGGAGGAGGAGGAGGAGGAGGAGGAGGAGGAGGAGGAGGAGGCAAGGGAGGAGAGGGAUAGAAGCAAGGAGAGGAGUGAGGGGCGAGCAGCAGCAGCAGGAACAGAAAAAAACCCUCUUGGCCGACUGCUUGGGGAGAAAAAAGAGAUCCACAAUCAGCAGAGUGCCUUGAUCCAUAAUGAUGAUGGUGAAGAGGAGGUUAGCGAGGAGAGGGAUAGAGGCAGGGAGAGGAGAGAGGGGUGA